GUUUACGUUGUUGGGGAGAACAGUCGAACAUUUUUUGAAAGCAGUUUAAAAACUAAAGCCGUAGAGUUAGUGAGUGUUUUUAUUAGUGCAAGUUUAACAAAAAUAAAAAAAGCCUAAAAAAGAAAAUAUAUGGCUAAUAAAUAAUAAAAAAGCAUAAAACGAAAGAAAAUUAGAAAAAUAUAAAAAUUUUUCAAGGAAUAAAGCGUUUUUAAAAAAAUAUACUGUUUUGCCGAGAAAUAUUUACAGUGGAUUAACAAAACCCAACCAAACCUUUCAAGGCUAAAUUCCAGUUUUAACAAAAAAAAAACUUCACUUCAACAAAAAAAAACAACAAAAUGAAACAAACUGCAGCAACUGAGAAAAUUGAUCCCUUAAUGCGUAUUCAGGAGGAAAUUAAAGAGGUCGAAAGGCGUGAGCAGGAAUAUCGCCAGCUGAUCUCUACAGUAACGAACAUUACCGUUAACGAAUGCGGUGAAACAACGAAUGACAAAGACCUUUUAAAUGGUCACGAUGAAAAUCAUAACGACAGUUUGCAAUCAUUGAGUCCUGUACCACCACAUGGCCAUCAUGAUGAUACAAACUCUAGCAUGCCCUCGUUGGCUUUAAGUGUACAUAGUACCAAAGAUGAGGAUAAUCAUUCUGAUGAUUCGGGUAUAUCGGCUUCGUCCAGUCCGGUAAAUGGUGUCUCGGCAAAUAUAAAGAAAAUUAAUGAUGCUAAUAAGCCAGUGACCACACCCUCUACUCCUUUAGCUGUGAGAGAACCACGUUAUAUUGGUCCUAAUUGUUAUAAUCUAACACCUGAACCUCCUCAGCAGAAAUUAAUGACUCGUACAGUAUCGACACCUUUAUUAAGUGCCAUUAAGGCACCACGUCAAUUUACCUUGAGUCCGGCCCACAAGGGUGUCAUGCAACGUUUUAUAGCUUCACGCGGUAAAUUACAAAUGAAUAACAAUAAUAAUGCCACACAAAAUAAAAUAUUUCUGAAUGGUAAAAAUGCGGCUGCUGUUUUGGGUAUCAACACUCCCGGUACACCGCCCAACACACCCAUGACACCCAUGUCUGCUGCUAUAGGAGGUAUGACACCUGACUUUAAUGCCCGCAGUCCCGUAAUACCCACCGUUACUUUAUCGGCUCCCGUUAUCGAACGCGAUUCUGAGGGUAGACCCAUACGUCCCGGUUAUGUGCCAGUGGAAUUGAAAAUUCAACGUGAAUUGCAGGAUUUAAAGAGUCGCGAAAGUGAAUUGAAAAAAAUACGCAAAAUAAGACAAUCAACACCAGAUCUUUUGGAUUCCAUCGAUAACGAAAACGUUGAAACUGAGGAUGAAGAUUCUGAUGUAGAACACUGUUAUGGUCCUGGAAAAUUAAGAGCUGCUAAAUCAAUUGGUGACAUGUGUGAUGCACAAAACAACAACAGUUCUAGAAGCGUCUCUCCCAUGCCUGACUUUGACAAGCAACAAUCACGUUCGGCUGCUGCUGGCAGUGGUGGUGGCAUGAGACCGGCCGUCUCUUUGGCUCAAUUAUGUGAUCUGACUCCAGAAGAAGCUCCUUCAUCACGCGGUUUAAUAGCACAAUGGGAAAACUUAAUACAACAGAAUGCAUAAAACAUAAAAAAAUCGUUAAAACUAUUUUAGCAAAGACAAACACCUUCAUUUCGCCUAACUAAAAGAUCGGGCAUCUUUUAGCGUAAAUGUUUUAAGGAGUUUAGUAUUAUAUUAUGUUUUUGGCCAAGUUGCUGCUAAUUAUAAUGACAAUGACAUUCCCCUAUUAUUUUCAUAUAACUUUAUUAUACUUAAUUAAGUCAUAAAUUUAUAAAAGAUUUACAUAUUUAUCUAUAUGUCAGCUUGCAGUAAUGCAUGACAUUUUACUUACAUAUUUAAUUUUCUUGCCUUUUGUUUGUUUUUCUUUUUUUUAUAUUUUCCUUUUAUAAUUUUUUGUUUUCCUAAAAAACUCGCUCUAUUUUGUUAAAUUUUUUGCAUUAUUUAUGUUCUCGCUUUAGUUUGUAAAAGAAGAAAAUUUAUAUAAAUUAAUUAUUUAAUAUUAUGAGAAAAAAAUCUAUAUGCUAUUUAUCAACGAAAUUUACAAUAUUAAAAAAAUGUGAAAAAAACUUAAAAUAAGUACGAGCAUUAACAUAAUAAACGAAACGAAAGAAAUGCUUAAAAAAAUAUAUGAAUAAAUGAUUCUAUUGUAUAUAAUUUCAUUGCUUAUAUAUCAAUAAUAAUUAUAAAAUAAAUUUACAAUAAAGAAAA